GUACACACGUCACCGUUGUCGUCCGUCCGCCGGCGCGAUAACUGCUUCUGCGCGUUUAUCGUCCAACAGUUUAAUAAUAAUAAUAAUAAUCUAGUGUUAUAAUUUUAAUAUAAUAGUCAAAAAGAUAUCUAAUAAGCGCGUGAAAUGGCGAUCGCGUUACCGCCGUCGUCGUCGUCGCGUCUGUUGUUGUGGUUGUUGUGCGCGAGUUGUUGCGUGCUGUCGUCGGCUGAACGUUUGCAGAAGCGCCGCGUUGUAGACUUUUCAGGAUUUCCGUCUGCAACAGGUCACCAACAACAGGAUUCCGAUUACGGCGUUCAACAGCAACAGCAACCGCACCAGCAGCAACAGGAUUACGAAUUCGGCGCUGGUCACAGCCAGCAACAGGAAUACGACUUCAGUGCCGGUAACAACCAGCAACAGGAAUACGACUUCAGUGCCGGUAACAACCAGCAACAGGAAUACGACUUCAGUGCUGGUCACAACCAGCAACAGGAAUACGACUACGGUUCGACCGGUCAACACCAGCAACAGACACGGCAGGAAUACGAUUACGGCGUCGGUCACCAGCAGCUACCACAGCAGUACGUAGGCCACGGUGACGGGAAGCAUCCUAAAGUUUCAGUGAUCGAGAAAAAGGUACCGGUGCCGGUACGCGUUGAUGUGGUGAAACCUGUGCGGUAUGUGGUACAGGUACCGGUCGAUCGGCCACGCGCAGUGCACGUGCCGAAGCCGUACCCGGUCAAAGUGGAGAAGGAUGUGCCGUACCCGGUCAAGGUGUACGAACCGCAGCCGUACCCGGUCCAGAAAGACGUCCCGGUGGCCGUUAAGGUGCCAUACGACCGCCCUGUGCCGGUGCAUGUUGACAAGCCGUAUCCCGUGUACAAGGAGAAGAUCGUCCGAUACCCUGUGUACAAGCAGGUGCGCGUGCCCGUCAAAGUGCCGUACGACAGACCGGUGCCCGUGCACGUUCCCGUCGUCAAGAAGGUGCCGUUCCGUGUGGAAAAGCCCGUUCCCGUGCCCGUCAAGGUGCCGUACAUCAGGCCGGUGCCGUACAACGUAUACAAAAACGUGCCCGUCCCGUACGAGAAGCCCGUUCCGUAUCCGGUCGAGAAACGCGUGCCAUAUCCGGUCCGAGUUCCGGUCCAUGUGCCCGUCCACGUUCCAGUCAAGAUCGAAAAACAACAUCAUCAACAAAAACAACAACAACAACAUCAACAGAACCACAACCACUUCACGCAGCAAUAUCAUCCGCAGUCCGAAAAGUUCACCCAUCAAGACGCCGUCGUAGAUUUUGGAGGACGCCAACACCAACACCAACAACAGCAGCAGCAACAACAACAACAACAACAACAACAACAACAACAAUAUCACUUUGUCCCGGACUUAAACUCGCAGCAUAAUCAUCAAUCGUCGUUCUAAUGACUUGCGGCACAAUGUUAGAUUGAUCGGAAUAAACAGCUAAACGAUUCGUUUCGUUUUUAGGUAUAUAUUUUUUUCAAAUUGUUUGUACAUUGUAUCUAUACAUAAUUAUUAAAUAUAAUGUCGUGUAAAUAAUACUAUAUAUAUUAUAAUAUAAAACUAUAAUAAAACCAU